GUGCGCUUCGCCUGGAGAAGAAUUUUCCGGUCUUGUGGGCAGAAGAACAACCAGGAACUCGAGCUCAGUCUCCACCCCAAAGUGGGGCGGAUCCGUCCGGGAUAAGACCAGCUGUCUACCCUGAGCAGGGUGUGACCACAGCAGCCGCAUUGGAGGAGCGCAGCCUGGCGUCGGAGAACUUCUGCUUGGGUGACUGAACUCUGAUCUUGACCUAGAGUCAUGGCCAUGGCAACUAAAGGAGGUACUGUCAAAGCUGCUUCAGGAUUCAAUGCCAUGGAAGAUGCCCAGACCCUGAGGAAGGCCAUGAAAGGGCUUGGCACUGAUGAAGAUGCCAUUAUUAGCGUCCUUGCCUACCGCAACACCGCCCAGCGCCAGGAGAUCAGGACCGCCUACAAGAGCACCAUUGGCAGGGACUUGAUAGAUGACCUGAAGUCAGAACUGAGUGGCAACUUCGAGCAGGUGAUUGUGGGGAUGAUGACGCCCACGGUGCUGUAUGACGUGCAAGAGCUGCGAAGGGCCAUGAAGGGAGCCGGCACUGAUGAGGGCUGCCUAAUUGAGAUCCUGGCCUCUCGGACCCCCGAGGAGAUCCGGCGCAUAAGCCAAACCUACCAGCAGCAAUACGGACGGAGCCUUGAAGAUGACAUUCGCUCUGACACAUCAUUCAUGUUCCAGCGAGUGCUGGUGUCUCUGUCAGCUGGUGGGAGGGAUGAAGGAAAUUACCUGGACGAUGCUCUCGUGAGACAGGAUGCCCAGGACCUGUAUGAGGCUGGAGAGAAGAAAUGGGGGACAGAUGAGGUGAAAUUUCUAACUGUUCUCUGUUCCCGGAACCGAAAUCACCUGUUGCAUGUGUUUGAUGAAUACAAAAGGAUAUCACAAAAGGAUAUUGAACAAAGUAUUAAAUCUGAAACAUCUGGUAGCUUUGAAGACGCUCUGCUGGCUAUAGUAAAGUGCAUGAGGAACAAAUCUGCAUAUUUUGCUGAAAAGCUUUAUAAAUCAAUGAAGGGCUUGGGCACUGAUGAUAACACCCUCAUCAGAGUGAUGGUUUCUCGGGCAGAAAUUGACAUGCUGGAUAUCCGGGCACACUUCAAGAGACUCUAUGGAAAGUCUCUGUACUCAUUCAUCAAGGGUGACACAUCCGGAGACUACAGGAAAGUACUGCUUGUUCUCUGUGGAGGAGAUGAUUAAAAUAAAAAUCCCAGAAGGAUAGGAGGAUCCUCAACACUCUGAAUUUUUUUAACUUCAUUUUUCUACACUGCUAUUAUCAUUAUCUCAGAAUGCUUAUUUCCAAUUAAAACGCCUACAGCUGCCUCCUAGGAUAUAAACUCUGUAUUAUUAUUCACCUAUAAUUAGUCAUUGUGAUGCUUUAAAGCUGUACUUGCAUUUCAAAGCUCAAUUUAUAAGACAUAAAUGGAGAUUUAAAAUUAGAAAUAAAAAUGUAUUCCAUGUUUUUAAAAGAU